UUGAUGGGGAGAUUAUUUGUGUUGACUCUUGAAGGCAAGAUCUACAGCUGCAAGCACUGUGGAACUCAUCUUGCCCUUUCUGAGAACAUUGUUUCCAAGUCUUUCCACUGCAGACAUGGGAAGGCUUAUCUCUUCAGUAAGGUGGUGAAUGUCACUUCUGGCGAGAUAGAAGAUAGAGUGAUGAUGACUGGUAUGCACACUGUGGCAGACAUUGUCUGCGUCUGUUGUGGGUCAAUUGUUGGAUGGAAAUAUGAGACCGCCCAUGAGAAGAGCCAAAAGUACAAAGAAGGAAAAUCAGUGCUUGAGCGGUUUAAGAUUUGUGGCCCUGAUGGAAGCCAUUACUGGGCUAGUCAUGAUACUCAUGUUGUAGGAAGUGAUGCUGAUGAUGUUUGAUCACCAUCCAGAACAAAAAUUCUAUCCCAAAAUGUACAUUCUUUAACCCACCACCCCAUUAGUUCUUUAUGGACCAUUGGAUUCUUGAAUAGCU